AUGGUCGGAGGUGCAGAGAAGGUAAAUGCAGUGUAUUAUCUUACUAAACCACCAUUGUCGGUAGAUGAGUACUACUAUAAUGAGGAUGAUUAUGCAGUAAAUGAUCAGACGGAGGUUUUUGACAAAACGUCCAAGGCUCUAAUUAGGAGAAUUGCAGUCAAGGUCAUAGAAACAAAGGUCGAAACUAUGUUGCUCCAAAGGGAUUGUCUAGGCAGUAUGGCUCGAGUUGAGGAUAUGUUGCAGAAGAUGAUGAUGAGGUUUGACGCUAGUAAUGAGAAUAGCAGCGAUAUGAGAGGUGACCUUGCUAACAUUGGACAAAAGGUGGAUGUACAUGCGAUUUCGAUUGAGCACCUUAAGUUACAAAUUGCUCAGUUUUCUACUACUAUGAACCCUCGCCGACCUGGCACUCUUCCAAGCAACACCAUCCAAAAUACUAAAAAUGACGGGCAUUUAAUGUUAGUCAAUACUCGACGGGGUAGGCGAAUAAUUGAUCCACCAAUGCAGUUUGUAGUAGAAGCGAAUGAAGCAGUGCUACCUCAGAAAGUGUUCCCAAUUGCUAGACCUCCACCAUCAUUCCCUCAUAUAUUAGUGAAGAAGACUGAAGAUGGUGAAUACCAGCGAUUUAUCACUAAGCUGAAACAACAUUCCAUCAAUGUCCCUUUGAUAGAUGCUUUGGAACAAUGCUUGGCUAUGCUAAGUUUAUGGAGGACAUGUGCUAUUGCUACAAGGUCUCUUGUGCAGAAGAAAGAAGAUACAGACGCCUUCACUAUUCAAUUUUUUACAAGUUUUAUACACUUUGCUAAAGCACUAUAUAAUCUUGGUGCAAGCAUAAAUCUCAUGUCUGUUUCCAUUUAUAAGAAGUUAGGCUUGGGAGAUCCAAAUCCUACUAUGAUGCGGUUAAUUAUGGCUGAUCAAAUUGUGAAGACGCCCACCGGUAUAUUCCAUGAUGUGCUUGUAAAAGUGGAGUCAUUCAUUUUUCUGGCCGAUUUUAUGAUUCUUGACUGUGAGUUUGACUUUGAGGUCCCCAUUAUUCUAGGAAGACCAUUCCUCGCCACUGGGCGUGCAUGA